UUAUUAAUAACUCUGUUAUUAACAGAGUUAUUAAUAAAGAAUAUCGAAAAAUUGAAACCUGAAAAGUACUGGCAAAAAUAAAUUAUCAAGAGUAUGUGAAAUUCUAUCAUAUUUGCAUUUUUAUUUUCAUUUUGUUGACACCUCUGUGUCAGGUCAUGGUAGUGUCACCAGGUGCUGCCCGUACCUCCUAGUGACGCCACUGACUUGUCUACAAAUUUUUGUUUGGGUUUAAUUUAAUUAUUUACAAAGUAUUUAUUACCGUUAAAACAAUUAAAAAAAGAUGAGCUCUUAUACUUAAAAUAGCUUUUAUCUACAAGUAUAAAAGUGUGAUUGCCCUGAUUAGCUUUAAAUGUAAAGUACAUCACCAUCGGCCCACUGAGCACAGUAUAUAACGCUAAAGUGCUAACAUUGCAAAGUUUAACGAAUAAAUUAAAAACAGAGUAUAACGUUAUGAUUGGAAUACCUGUAUUGCUGUCAGUUAUACAAAUUCAUUUACAUUAGGUGUUAGAAUGAAUUUAUUUAGAUAGUGUUGCAACAAUAACAAAAAAUGAGUUGCAAGAUUCCUUCAUUAAACCUUGUGAGAAUUUAGUCUGUAACAAUUUCAAAAUGUUAAAAAAGUUAAACAUUGAAUUUAAGAACUUGGAAGCUUCUUCUUUAGUUUUAGAUAAUGUAUUAAAAUAUAGUAAUUAUAUUCAAAAAAAUGAAAAUAAAAAAAAUUUAAUCAAAUUAAUAAAACAAAUUGAUGUGAAUGAUAAAAACCACGGUGUUAAAAAUGUUCAUAAAAGAUCGAUAACCAAUGUAUAUUAUGAUGAAAUGUCUAGAUUUGCACAAAAUCAAUCCUGCGGACAGAAAAAUCAAACCUGUAGGCAGAAAAAGAAAUAUAAAUGGAAAAUAAACCAAGAUCAAAGUGUUUUAUUGCAAAAACAGUUUUAUGGAUACGCUUUUCUACUAUCAAGUUGUAAAGAUUGUGUACAGGUUAUUCAUGAUCAAAAUAAUUAUACUGUACAAAAAUUAACUUUGCAAAAAAUGAAAAAUAGCAACAAAUUAGCUAAUAAAAGUAAUGAGGAUAGAUAUCAAGUUUACAAUGAACUUGAAUUGAAACGAAAGAAAAAUGACCUUAUAUUACAGAAUUAUAUAAAAAAACAUUAUGAUUUUGCAAAGUUGGCACAAAAAUCUAAAAAAGAAUAUGAAUUUGCAGUAAACUUUAGUUGUCAGAGUAAUUCAAUUACAAAUGUUAUAAAAAGGCAUGAAAGAUCUAAAUUUAAAGAAGGUAUUCUUGAAUCACGUCUUAGUCAUGUAAAGCAUUCAAAAAACAAAGCAUCUGUGAAAAAAAGCAUUUUGAAAUCAAAGCAAAUGGAUUUGUUGAACUUGCCUAUAUAUGAUUAAUCUUUUAAUGUUUUUAAAUAUUUCAAUGUUCCAUGUAAUGUAAUUUAUUGUUUUUAUUUAUGACUUUAAAAAUGUAAAUUAAUAAUGUGAUAACAAAAUAAUUUUAUAGCACUAAUAUUUAUUUAU